CAGUUCCCUAGGCUGACUUGACCUGGACAGGAACCCUGAAGCCAGAGAAACAAUAAAGGAACGGAGGUGUUGAAGAAUACAGCUUAAGUCAGAAUUUCAGAGUGGAAUACAGACCUUUGGUGUGUGGAUACACCAGCAUUCAACCAGAAGCCAUUGGCAUUUGGACAAGAAAACUUGGAAAAGAGAAGGUUGAUCAUGGAAAUCAAAGAGGAAGGCACUUCAGAAGAAGGCCAGCACUUUCUUCCAACAGCUCAGGCAAAUGAAUCUGAUGACACUCGGUUCACAAGCAUUCAGAAGAUUCCCAAUGAGCCACAGUUGGAAUUCAUCCUUGCUUGCAAGGAUCUUGUGGCUCCCGUCCGUGAUCGGAAACUGAACACAGUGGUACAGAUCUCUGUGAUCCACCCCACCGAGCAGAGCCUGACACGAUACUCCUGCACCGAAAUUGUGGAGGGAACAAGAGACCCACUGUUUUUGACGGGUGUCACAUUCCCAUCUGAAUACCCCAUCUAUGAAGAGACCAAAAUAAAACUGACAGUCUAUGACGUCAAGGACAAGUCUCAUGACACUGUCCGAACCAGUGUCCUUCCUGAACUCAAGGAUCCCCAGCCAGAAGUUGGGAGGAGCUUCUUGGGUUAUGCCAGCUUUAAAGUGGGGGAACUGCUGAAGUCCAGGGAGCAACUGCUGUCACUGAGCCUCAGAACGUCAGAUGGUGGCAAAGUGGUUGGCACCAUAGACGUCAGUGUCGUGACGAUGGGGGAGAUUGAGGACGGGGAAGCUGACCACAUCACAACAGAUGGGCAGGGACAAAAGUGUGCACUGGUGUGUGAAUGUGCAGCCCCAGAAAGUGUGAACGGGAAAGAUAACUUACCUUUUUUGAAUGCAGUAUUAAAGAAUCCAGUGUAUAAAUUGUAUAGAUUCCCCACAUCUGACAAUAAGUGGAUGCGAAUCCGUGAGCAGAUGUCUGAGAGCAUACUCUCUUUUCAUAUUCCUAAGGAAUUACUUUCCCUUCACAUUAAGGAAGACUUGUGUAGAAACCAGGAGCUAAAAGAACUUGGUGAACUUUCUCCACACUGGGACAAUCUACGGAAAAAUGUCCUGACUCACUGUGAUCAAAUGGUGAACAUGUACCAAGACAUUUUGAAAGAACUCAACAACGAAACAGGGUCCUCUUUUAAAUCGAGCAGUAGCAAAGGAGAGAAAACCUUGGAAUUUGUUCCAAUAAACCUGCACUUGCAGAGAAUGUGUGUGCACAGCCCUCAUCUGAAAGAUGCUCUAUAUGAUGUCAUUACCGUGGGAGCCCCAGCCGCCCAUUUUCAGGGAUUUAAGAAUGGUGGCCUUCGAAAACUGCUCCAUAAAUUUGAAACGGAAAGAAGGAACACUGGAUACCAGUUUAUUUACUAUUCACCUGAAAACACAGCAAAAGCAAAAGAAGUUCUCAGCAACAUAAAUCAACUAGAACCUCUUGUAGCGAACCAUGCAGACCUACUGCUUAAUUCUGCAAGCCAGCACUCUGCAGACAGCUUGAAGAAUUCGUUAAAGAUGCUUUCAGAAAAAACGGAGCUUUUUGUACAUGCCUUCAAGGAUCAGCUGGUGAGGAGUGCACUUUUAGCUCUCUAUACAGCGAGGCCAGGAGGGAUUCUAACGAAACCACCCUCCCCUAAGGGCAGCACAGAGCAGAGCAGUCCUCAAGACCAACCACCUCCCAUGAAGAGGCAGGACUCCAUACCACAUCAUUCCGACUAUGAUGAGGAAGAGUGGGAUAGGGUGUGGGCCAGUGUGGGGAAGAGCCUGAACUGCAUCAUCGCUAUGGUAGAUAAGCUGAUUGAGAGAGACGGCAACAGCGAUGGUAGUGGUCGCAGCCAAGAUGAAGAAAAGGACCCUUCGCUGGCAGACUCCCUCACACCUCACCCAAGAGAGGACUGGCAUGAGCAGUUACAUCCCCUCAUCCUGACCCUGAAGGAGUGUGUGGGAGAAGUGGUGAGCCGAGCCAGGCAGUCCCUGACGUUCGUGCUGCUCCAGGAACUUGCCUACAGCCUGCCCCAGUGCCUGAUGCUGACACUGAGGAGAGACAUCGUCUUCAGUCAGGCACUUGCUGGAUUGGUUUGUGGUUUUAUCAUCAAGUUACAUACGAGUCUACAUGACCCUGACUUUCUACAACAGCUCCAUACGGUGGGGUUGAUAGUAGAGUAUGAAGGACUCCUGAGUACAUACAGUGAUGAAAUUGGAAUGCUAGAGGACAUGGCUGUUGGCAUUUCAGAUCUGAAAAAAGUUGCAUUUAAAAUAAUUGAAGCCAAAUCUAAUGAUGUCUUGCCGGUUAUAACAGGAAGACGUGAACACUAUGUGGUGGAGGUGAAACUUCCGACCACCAUGUUUGAGUCACUCCCUCUGCAGAUUAAAGAAGGACAGUUGCUUUAUGUCUAUCCGGUUCUGUUUAAUGUUGGAAUCAAUGAGCAACAGACUCUGGCUGAGAGAUUUGGAGAUGUCUCUUUGCAAGAAAGUAUUAAUCAAGAAAAUUUUGAGCUUGUAAAAGAAUAUUAUUCAAUAUUUAUGGAAAAGAUGCCUCCUGAUUACAUUUCACACUUUCAAGAACAAAAUGAUUUAAAAGGAUUACUUGAUAAUCUCCAUCAAAAUAUCCAAGCCAAAAAAAGGAAGAAUGUAGAAAUCAUGUGGUUGGCAGCUACGAUUUGUCGCAAACUCAACGGCAUUCGUUUCACGUGCUGUAAAAGUGCCAAAGACAGGACCUCGAUGUCAGUGACACUGGAACAGUGCUCCAUCUUGAGGGAUGAGCAUCAUCUUCACAAAGAUUUCUUCAUCCGAGCUCUGGACUGUAUGAGAAGAGAAGGAUGCCGCAUAGAGAAUGUUCUGAAGAAUAUCAAAUGCAGAAAGUAUGCGUUCAACGUGCUACAGCUGAUGGCUUUCCCCAAGUACUACCGACCUCCAGAAGGGACUUAUGGAAAAGCUGACACCUAAAUUUACCUACAUGUCAAUAAACAGGGACACAAAUACAUUUCACUUGGAUGACCUUGACCUUGGUUUUAUUCUAUAUUUUUAUUGUUAUGAAUUUAUGAGGGGAGGUGCUCACAGGCGUUUAUUCAAAUAGGACAUUGCUGGAAUAGUUGUUAACAUAUAACUCUGAAAGUAAUCCAAUUUUAGAGCCUUCCACUCAUUGAAAUGGAAAAUGUUCUGAGAAAAGAUAGGUUGUUUGACAGUAGGAGAGGUAACUCAGAAGGUGUUAGUCCCAUCUAAGCUGAAGAUAAGAGAGGGAUUUCAUAGUGGGCUACUUUUUAGUUUACAUUAUAGAUAUCAUUGCAACCUAUUCUAUUGAGCUUGAUAAAAUCUGUUUUAAUAGCCAAUGAACGUAGAUAAUGAUUACCAAUGGCCUUAAACCCGAGCAGAUCUGUGUGUUUGUAGACAUCUUUGUCAUCUUGUUAUGAUGUGAAAGCUUCUUUUAAUCAUGUAGAAGAACAGUGUGAUCCCAACAGUACACAAACAUUUCGGAAUGAAGAGAUCUUUCUAAAAAGUUCUGUGACCUGCAUGUGGACAUGAUAAUGAGAAUACCUUAAUAGGUAAAGCAGGUCAAGGAGCUUGACUUGAAACAGAGCUAACAUGCCUAUGGCCAUGCCACCCUGAAUGCACCCUGUCUCAUCCGAAGGGGAGUUAACUAACAGCAGCCAGCUUACAUUCAGAUGAAAAGUCCACCAGCUGACACUUUCUGUAACAAAACUCAUGGAAGCAAGAGCAAUGCCUUUGAGAUGGGCUCUAGCUGUCACUUAAUGCCAGAUUCUGUUCUUACAUAGCUUACAAUGUGCAAAUAAACCUUGAACUUAUAUUCAACCAUAACUAAUGAAAUACUACCAUGAUAACUUUCAGUUAACCUCCAUUUAAAUUUGUCCUUAGCAUAAAAUAACUCCAUAUAUAAGUUUUUUUACAUGACAUGCCAAAUUCACAGUUUCCUUAAAGAACAUCUUGAAUACCACCAUUAGUGAAAGAAAUGGAUAAAUUAAAGAAUAUCUAGCUAGACUUUUGAAGAAUCAUGGUUAAAAUCUUUACUUGGGCUGGAGAGAUGACUCAAUGGUUAAAGGCACUUUCUUGAGAAGUCUGACCCCAGGCCAUCACUAAAAAUAAAAAUAUGUAAAUGAAAUAAAACCUCUACUUACCUUCUUAUUCUUUCUACCUCUCUAGCUUGUGGGUUUAUCCCUUCCAAAUUGCUGUAAAAAGUAUAUAUGAAAAUUAAGGGGAAAGUUUUUUGAAAUAGAAUUUAUCACUAAAAUUAAAAUUCAGAGUGCAACAAUCUUAAACAAGCAAAUUUAUUCUUUUAUAUUUAUUUUUCUUACCAGUGGAGCAUUCCAUCCAGAGCACAAGUCUCUGGAAAUGCUAGAUAUUUCUUAGCUGUGACUACAUUCAAUGGUUGCUUUCUAAGGCUUACCAGCUAAUAUGAUGUUUUCUUACCUAAGAAUCCUCUUCAGAUAAGGCUUUUAAACACAUUUCUAGUUGUGUGCUGAGUUUUUCAAGUUGCUACAAAUAAAAGAUAACUCUUUAAGCCUUCUCACAGUGGAAUUAGCAAUUUACUUUUUUAACGAAUGACCCUGGGGUAAUAUUGAAGCAAUUGACAGAGUGUAGCUUUUUAAAUGAAAAUACACUGCAUACCCUGGUUUAUCCAUGGAAAAUUAUCUUGCUGUUCUUUGUGAUACUUACUUCUCUAUUUCUGUGGUGAAAUACAGAUUUUGAAUUGUUUUGUUUAUUUAUUUUUAUGAUAAGAGAAUGUAUGGUUAUCUUCAAUGCCCCACAGAAUUUAAAAUAAAGAAGUUGAGGUGGCAGAGGUCGUUCAGGGGAUGUGAAGUUUGUUUAGUAUAUUAAGUACUUCUCAGUGCUCCAGGAGACCUUACAUGAUUUAUGCGCCCACAAACAUUUGAUAAACAAACAUUCUUGUAUCUAUUUUAAGGUGAAGCAAGCACUUAACUCAAGUGUGGAAAACAUUUAUGCUUUGGGAAACUGACAGUAGGGUUUACCAAGUUUAAAAAACGUCAUAGAUAUUUUCUGUUAUAUUCUAAUGUUGAAACCUUGAAUAAUAGAGCUUGGUAUAAUGCAAAUGCAUAUGAAUUUUCAUUCAUUAUUAGCACAGAAGUUUAUAUUUGUGCAUCUAUUGAGCAGAAGAUUUCAUCAAGGAAAUUCAUGUUUUCUAAAUAUUAUGGCUCUUUUCCUAAGGGAUAGACCAAACAUACUUAGACAAAUAUUUCACUAUUGUUUAUCAAGGCUUUCUGAAUCAAAUAGUAAGUAUCUUAAAAUACCCCUUGCACAAACAGCAGUUGUCAUGGAUUUUUAUUCCUACUUUUAUUUAGAAUAUUUACCAGCAGCCAUAUUCAUGAAGCACAUGUUGAGCUUUUAAAAAAGUGAACCAAGAAAAUGAUACUUCCAAACAAUGUAGAUAUUUUUCUCUGAAAUAUGCUCCCUCUGUCAUCAUCAAAUACAGAAAGCAUUUCUGGAUUGACUAUUUACAGAGCCCUAGAAAACCAUAUUAAAACCUCAUAAAGAUGUAACUCUGAUUCCUGAUGGUACAAUGGCAAAGGUCUAGUGUAUGGACUUUAUGAGCACAUGUAUAAAAAUGGAAUUGAAGCAGACACACACAGACUCACCAAUCCUCAUUUUUUUCUCUUCUUGAAUAUGAACGUUGAGUUAUGUCAUACACUGCAUAAACAUCUUUUGGAUGCAAGCAGUUUGGCCAGUCUGGUAAACCAGGAGAGCAUAUCAGCAGCCCAAGCCAGCAGAUGGCCUAGCCAAGGGAACCCGUGGCACAGAUAGUAUGGAUACCUGCAGCCUCUUAUAAUGAUAACACAUCAUCUAACAAACAGUGAAGCCAUCCAUGAAAGCUAGCACUGAAUGUGGGAAACUUUAUUUUGACUCUUGAGUUGAUAUCUUGCAUGAGUAAGGCUCAAGAUGGACAAGGAAAAAUACAUCACCAUUGGUAUAGAGUCAUGCUUUUUAAAUGCAAUCAUUCCCUGGGCAAAGGACGACCCUGUGCAAACAGAGGCAUUUCCACGGAUGCCAAAAGUGACUCUUGAUAUGUCAUAAAGUUGAUUAUUGAAUUUCUAGGAUUUUUGUAAGUCAGUUCCAAUACACACAGUAAUAUUUAAAUAUUAAAAUAUGAAAUCCAUCUUAUUUAAAGAUUACAACCAAAGCUUACAAUCUCCCAACUAUAACACAUGUUGACCUGUCUCUCUGCUUUUGGCUUUGGUUAGCUCUAUUGUGUCUUAUCUGUGGAGGUGUGAUACAGUACUAUGAAACUGUGAAUCUCUUCCUGACUCCACUUUUAGGAACAUUUUGUUGGUAUGUUUAAAUCAGCCAAUACGGAAUUAUUUAUACCACAGAAUCUGGAAAAUGCCACACACUAGAAUAUUUGUUUCCUGGAACACCCAUUGUUAAACAUUUACCAAUGCAUGACUAAAUGCCACUAUCACUUUUUUUCCCCAGAAAAGAAAAAAUUGUUGGAAGCAGGAUAAAUUAUUCAAAUGGUAUUAAAUGCAACCAGUCCUUUUUUUUUUUUCAGAUGCCUAUAAUUUUAUUUCGGGCUUUAUCUUCUCUAAAUAUAUAAAACAUAUUUGGUAAUUAUAUUUUAGUCAUAAUUAAAUUAUUAAAUUAGAGUUCAAAGAAAGAUCAGUGCCAUGCCAAAGGGGGAUGUUAGCAACCCACCUUGAGUGUAAGCAGUACAUAGGACUAAAUUCAGUGAAGUAUUAUCCUAACCUGAGUGUCACUGAAAAUGUGUUUCAUUAUCAAUUUCUAAUCUUCCAAGAUGGGCACCUGGUAAAAGUAGGUAAAACAGUAGCAUAUUACUCAUCCCAGUCUAAUGAAAACAGCCCAAAUGAAACCCAAACUGUGAGAUUAAACAAGUUACACUCUGGCAUUAGGCGAUAGCAGCACAGAUGCUUUGACGGUUUGAUUCCCAAGCUAUGUAGCACAUCAUUUUUGUUCCAUGCACAGGGCAUGUUUUGUAGCCUUUUAAGAUAUAAAUCAACUUUUAUCGCAUAUUUAAAGAACUGGUUGAGAGAAACUGUGAUCAGCUGUUAAGGAGGAAAACAAGCAUCUUGGACACAAAGCAUCCCCAACAGCUAAAAGCUUUAGAAACUAUGCACUACUCAAAAGGAUAAUUAGCUAUGAAUGUGUGUGGUUGGGAGACAAUUUUAGUAUGAAUUUACAUUUAUCUACACCAGCUGUAGUCUGCAUAAGUUAUACCUCCAUAUUUAUGUUUUUUUAACUUUAUGAAAGAUUCCCAAUAUCUUCUAUCAUUUCUUCUUUUGGCAUUUGGAAAUUACAAGUUUGCACACAAAGAGGUUACACAAAGCAAUAACUGUCUUUGAAAAUAUGAAGAUAAAAAUCCAUGUUUUAAAUAAAAUAUAUAUCAGGCCAGUUAAGUAUGCAGUUGACUAAGGGAAAUUUGCACUUUUGUCUUUCUGAGAAAUGGUGCACACUAAGUACCCUCAGAAUUUUAUUUUAAACAAGAGCAUAACAACACUUCAGAUUUUUUAAAACAAUGAAUUAUGGCUAGCUAUUAGUAAAAAGAAAAAAAUUAUAAGGUAAUAUCAACUCUAAAUCUAGUCAUGUUUCCAGAGUUUGGAGUUUUAUUCAAGGAAACAUAUUUAGAUAUUAAAUUAAAAAUAAAAGCAACUCACAAUUUAGUUCCAAACAGCGAAUAUCAAGCAAACAAAUGUCAAAAUAUCAGUGACACAUUGUGACAAACUAUGGUUGUUAUUUGUAUCUCUUAGUGAAAACAAUGGCUAAGAAAGAAGUUACAGCUCUUUUCCAGUGAUAGUAUUAAAUUGUUGACCAUAUUUGUGAACUCCUUUAAAUCAUUCUAUGUCAUGAAAGGGCAUGAUAAUCCAAUAAUACACCUUCCAGAAAGACAUCUUGUAUUGUUAUUAUCAGACACUUGUGACCCACAUUUUGUCAAGGUGCUAUAAAAAUCUAUAAAAUUAUGGUGGCAUGUGUACAUUACUACCAAUGUUCAUUUCAAAAGGCAAAGUGCAUAUACCCAUAGCUCUAUAGGCACUCAUUUCUAUGCACACAUUUUAGAUUUAAUUUCUUAUUUGAACAUUUUAUUAUCCUAUUCAAUUAAUUUUUAGAUUCAUGAUGUUCAUUUUAAAGACUGGCACAUUUUAUCUUAAACAUAUAUUUUUGACAAACAAGCAAUGUGUAUUCCUAGGAUAUGAGCCACAAAUAGUUUAGAUCUUUUGAGCUUGGCAUUUGAUGAACUAUCACAUUUGUUUCAUUUUAUGUGAAUCAUAUUCA